AUAAAACAGAAUCCUGCGUUACCGACCAGUCUUUCCAAUUAAAAAUUCCCAAAAUUUGAUUAAUUUGUCUAAAAUCGUAUCGCUAAUUUAAUUAUUCGCUUUACCACCUUACGUUAGUGUCUCAUAAAUUUUAUUGCCCCUUGAUAACAACUAAACCAAUGAAAAAAUAAGUUCGGUUAGGUCGUGUUGACGUGUUCCUGUCAUCUGAUUGUCAGUCGUAAAAUAAGUUAAGCCACGUUGGAUGUCUUCCCGUGUGUUUUACGUUAAAUAAGUGCUUAACCAUGAAAGUGAAAGACGUGGAGCGCACCGCCAACGUAGCGUGGUCCCCCAAGAAUCAGAGCCCCAUUUUGUUAGCAGCCGGGACAGCCGCCCAACAGCUCGACGCCUCCUUCAGCACCAAUGCCACCUUGGAGAUCUAUUCCCUCAACUUGGGGGAGUUGGGUCCCGAUAUGGUGCUCAAGGCUGCGACCCCGAGCGAGCACCGCUUUCAUAAAAUCAUCUGGGGGGCUUACGAGAGUCAUGGGACCAUCGUGGGUGGGUGUGAUGGGGGCCUGAUCCAGAUUUACAGCGCUUCCAAGUUGAUGAAUGGGGAGAAUGGGCUGAUUUGUCGGCAGAAUAAGCACACAGGGCCUGUGCAUGCGCUUGACUUUAACCCCUUUCAGCAGAAUUUGUUCGCAACGGGGGCCGGGGAUUCCGAGAUUUUUAUCUGGGAUUUGAAUAACACCAACACGCCCAUGAGUCCUGGGUCCAAGUCGCAGCCGCUGGAGGACGUUCUGGCGAUUUCGUGGAAUAGGCAAGUGCAGCAUAUUUUAGCGUCGACUUUUGCCUCCAAGUGUGUCAUUUGGGAUUUGAGGAAGAACGAACCGAUUAUUAAAUUAACGGACACUGUCUCGAGGGUUAGGUGGAAAAUGAUUGCAUGGCAUCCGGAAGUGGCCACGCAGUUGUGUUUAGCUUCUGAGGAGGAUCACUCUCCCAUUAUCCAAUUAUGGGACCUCCGUUUUGCCACAUCCCCCCUUAAAACACUCGAGAAUCACCAAAGAGGCGUAUUAUCAGUGGCGUGGUGUGCCGAUGAUCCCGAUUUAUUAGUCAGUUGUGGUAAAGAUAAUCGUAUUAUUGCCUGGAAUCCAAAUUCAAAUGAACCAAACGGAGAGGUUCUCUCCGAAAUUGCAAAAACGAAUCAAUGGAAUUUUGAUGUACAGUGGUGUCCUAGAAAUCCAGCCAUUAUUGCAUGUCCCAGUUUUGAUGGACAUGUUUCUGUUUAUUCUUUAAUGGGGGGCAAGACCCAACAGAUACAAACCACGAAUAAAAUUGCUGAUAGUUUUCCGGGAAUGGAUGGAUAUGUUCAAGCUCCUGUUCUACAGCAAAGCUCGGCACCAGUCAGUGUGGAUUUAAGUAGACCACCAAAGUGGCUUAAGAGACCAGUUGGAGCCAGAUUUGGGUUUGGUGGCAAAUUAAUUUCGUUCGAUAACACUAAACCCGACGUUGAUCAAAUCAGCCACCGAACGGUUCAAAUCAGUCAAGUUAUAACCGAACCAGAGCUAGUCCAGAAAUCAACCGAACUGGAACAAGCUCUCGAAUACGGCAACUUCACUGAAUACUGUUCCCGCAAAGCCGAAACCACAAACGAUCAACACACCAAAUACAUUUGGCACUUUCUGCGUGCCAACUUCGAGGAAAACCCUCGCGCGGAACUAUUGAAUUUAUUGGGCUAUCGCAUCGAAGACGUCAAUAACAAACUCAACCAAUUCGUCCACAAAAACAAAGUUGACGGAGUAUCGGAACGUUUAGAGGACUUGGAUCCAUUUGACGCAAUUGUCGAUAAUAAAACAGUGACAAAACCGUUCAAAAUCAAAACUGGUGACGACACCGAAGGCUUAAUCACUCAAGCGCUGCUUUUGGGGAACGUCGAAGCGGCGGUUGAGUUGUGUUUGGAGGCGAAGCGCUUCGCCGACGCUAUCAUUAUUGCAAUGACUGGGGGCUCGGAUUUAUUGGCUCGGACCCAACACGCGUACUUGGAGCAAUGCGAGGGCUAUGUUUCGUCGCUGAUUUCGGCUUUGGUGUCCGAAGACUGGGCUUCUGUUAUCAAUAACUGCGACCUGAGCAGUUGGAAGGAGGCACUUGCGGCCACUCUGACGCACUCCACCGACGAGGCGUUGCCCCUUCUGUGCGAACAGCUCGGAAAUCGCCUCAGCCACGGCGACGCCAAACUCAAACAAGACUCCCAGCUGUGCUACAUCUGCGCUGGGAGUUUCGACAAUCUGGUCAACUCCUGGAGCGGCAAUGCGCAGAAUUCCACCAGCGAUUUGCAGGAUUUGGUCGAGUUGGUGGUGUUUUUGCAAAAGGCGGUGGAAAGGCAAGGGCGGCAGGUGCAGAUUUCGGGCGCUUUGGCCGAUUUGCUGGGCAGGUAUGCGUCGAUUUUGGCCUCGCAGGGGAAUUUGUCGACGGCGUUGAGUUACUUGGGGAGUUCGCAAGACGAGAAGGUUGCGGCGUUGAGGGAGCGCUUGUAUAUCAGUUUGGGGCAGAAGCCGGGGUAUGGGGCGCAGAGACAGGCACAGAGUCGGAGGUCGAGUCAGAGACAGUCGUUUUCGAGUUAUCCGAACAUGGGGGCACAGUUUAAUUCAGGACUGCCGAAUGCAGCGGUUCCGGUGUCUCAGCCGUGGCAACCGCAGCCCCAAAUGGGGGGUUUUAAUCAACAACCACCGGCGAGGACGUUUUCGCCGGCGCCGCCGAGUCAGCCGACGAGGCCCCCAAGUGUGGGAUCUAACCAUGGUGGUUCUGGCACGGGCUUGCCUUCGCGUAAAUACGUUCUGGACCCCUCUGUAACCUCCAACCCCUACGGAGCGCCUACGAGGAACAUGUACGCCCCCCAACCUGUCUCCAACUUCCAGAACAAUAACUAUGGGGCCCCAUCACCAAUAACACCCUUGGUUCCUUCCAAUAAUAAUUACGUACCCAAUCCUGUACCAAUGGUACCCAAUCCACCACUCAAUCCCACUCCUUUGGUACCAAAUAUCCAACCACCGCCGCCUAUGACGAGCGAGAUGGGCCAACCUGCCACAGAAAAAUACUUUCCUUCUAGUGCCCCCGGCUGGAACGAUCCACCUCCACUAAACAAACCAUUGAGACCACAGUGUUACGGUGAUAAUGUUGAAAUGUCAGCAGUGCAUGCUGGGACGAAAUUAUGGAAACCAAAGCCCAAACCAGAGGCAUCCGUCCCAUCUCAACCCAUAACGCACCCAUUGUAUGGGUCGGCGCCCACCAACAACGGUUACGGAACCGAACCACAAAUGUUCCAACCACAGCCAACUAAUAAUUUUGCCCCACCUAACAAUUUCACACCGCCUACUACGUUCAAUCCGACUGGUUUUAAGUCAAAUGCGGUCAAUUUUAACCAGGUCCAAAACCAAACUCCUGUGGUUCCAGAGAAACCACAACCAAUUCAAAAACCACCAAUUCCCGAAGAACACAUACACAUGCAAACCGUUUUUGACGAGUUGAAAUAUCAGUGCAGUUGUGCGGCUAAUAAUCCGCAAACCAAGCGAAAAUUGGAGGAUGUUGGCCGAAAGUUAGAGUCGUUGUAUGAUUUGUUAAGGGAACAGAAACUGUCACCCAACACUUUAGGAGCGUUACAUCAAAUGGUACAGUUGGUGCAAAACGGAGAUUAUACAGGAGGACUGAAUUUACACACUCAGCUAGUGUCAGGGCCUGAUUUCGCUCAAAUUGCCAGUUUUAUGCCCGGGCUUAAAGUUUUGUUACAGUGCGCUUUACAAUUGCAAGUUUAUUUAAGAUAAGGUCUAACCAUGUAUUAUUUUGUUUUAGAUGUUUAUUUUUUUCUAUUGAUAGUUGGAUAUAAUCAAAUAUAUAAGCUGGCGCUUUUUUAAAUAAAAUAUAACAAAUGCAA